AUGAAUGUAGUUAUAAUUAUUACAGUACAGAUUGGAAUUUUUAGCCAAGUUGUCGGUCUCUGCAGUUUUCCACAGGAAUGGGAUGGACUUUGGUAUGACAGUCGUAAAAAAGAAGUGACAUUGAAUCGGAAUACCUCAGCUGUUCAGUCUGGCUGGACUCUGACUGCGUACACCUCAACCGUGACGUCAUGGACAUGCGUGGAACAGUCCAUUGAUAAAUAUUUGAUGAAGGGCGACCAAGAAGUGGAUGUGUUUGGAGCACCAAAUGCCGCAUACCUGUGUCUGACAGUCAAGAAAAUUACCGACGUGUCGUACAGGUACACAAUCGUAGCAGAUGAACAAUCAAAUGCUGAAAAUGAAAGAGUCUCUAUGAUUUCCACCACAAGAAAUGCAACAAUAUCGAGUGACUGUACAGCAGUUAGUCCGCCCGGCACCGAAGAGUUUCACGUUCUUGUCAAAGCAGAUAAUACUUCCGACGUUAAACAGUACUUUCCAGAGCCUUUGUUGGCGACUCUUUAUAAUUCUAACUUUGCAAGAACUAAUUCGACAUGCGACUCUGACUUCAUAUUAGACAUGUGUUCAGAUAGGUAUAUUAUGAACCGCACAGAAUGUUCAACAAGUAGCGGACAAGUUUUAGGCUUAUUAUACUUUUGUGUCACAUACGUACAAGAUGACUCAACGUAUUUUGUAUCGAUGCUUGACCCUGGUGUCACUGGAAGUAACCAACAACAUUUUAAAUGUUAUGCGGUAAUGAAAUUGAAUAACCAGGUAUACAUCAGCGAUAAUAAUGGGAGUUGCGCCAAAGGCCAAGAUCCAAAUGUUAAACAAGUAAACGGGACCGAGACUCUUGUUAUGUACGCUAAUGUGCUAUGUCCAUUCACGACAAGUCCAAAUGAGGAAGAUGUUGACAUCGGUGUAAUCAUUGGAAGCGUAAUAGCAAGCAUUAUUUUUAUUGGAAUAAUCACUGCAAUCAUAAUUCUUUGUCUGCGAAAGAAAUACAGAGAGAAAAUACGAAAAUUAUUUUGUUCCAAAUGCAAACACAAGAUCCAACAAAAAGAUGAUCAAAAACCAGCCCUGUCUGAAAAGAAGAAAACACAGUCAAAUGGAAAAGAUGAUGACGCUGAAGCCAACAAUAAUGACAAUCAAAACAUAUCAAUGUUAUGUGAUGAUUUGAAAAAGAGCACACAAGAAGUAAGCAGAGAAGAUCUUACUUCUGCAAAAGGGGAAGGUGCUUGUCAUGAAAACAGCAGAGAUCCCAUUAUGACUCCAGUUGAACUUCUUGACAACACAGUUAAAGACGUUGAAGUAGGGAAAGCGCCAGUUGACGUUCAAAAACAUAAGCAAUCGGGCAUGGUUGUUGACCAUACUAAUUUUUUGAGUGAAAUAGAAGAUGAGGACUCUGCUGUAAGGAUCAAGGAAAGGGAAAAAGAGAAGUCAAUCUUUCUUCGUCAAAACACAGAGGAGGAUAUGGAACAAUUGCGGAGAAUUAACAAAGAAGUCAAUUCUGAAAAGCACGUAUUCCUCAAAGAAAACAUCCCUUUUGAUAAUGAAAUGACAACCAGCGAACAAAUAUAUUUCCAAAAGAGUGUUUUUGCAAAACAAAAUGUUGAAGCAGAAAUGUACUUAAAUGAACCCAUAGACGAAUCUGAUGACCAUGCAAUUCUAUCAAGCAGCUUACCUGUGAUAUUAGAGGCUCACGAAGGAAUUUCUCAUUUAAACUUAAAAGGCGUUACAUCUAGCCCAAUUCAUACGACAAGUUUUGUACCAAAUAAUCGCAAUAGUCCACAGACAAAGAAAGACAAUUGUGGAAUGGAUGACACAGGGGAAAUCAAAGGAAUGGUUAUUGAAGAUUUGGAUUUUUCUUUGACAGAAGAGCAGAUUAUAGCAAGAUCGAGUCUAUCGUCAGCCUUGACCUCAAGACUGAGUUCAAGGAUGACUCCGACUUCCGAAAUACUGGCAAUAGAGUUGAGAAGGGUACUGUCUCCUUCUAAACGAAUUUCAAGAAAGACGAGCAAACCCAGAUCAUUGUCCAGAUAUUCUUUUCACUCAGCUCCAGAAAUGAGGACGAAGACUAAGAGAUACUCAGAAAGAUACCACGUAAAACCUGUUCUAAAACGUGCGUCUACUAAAAUGUCUAUACUAAAAAUUGCAAGUCUUAAACGUAAAGUAAGGGAAAUGGAAAAUGAACCAAGAGCUCCGAAAAUGAAGUUCCGAUGGAUUUGAUGAUUCAAUAUAAUUUCUUUCAAGAUCUAACAAAGCCUGUUUAAUUUGAACUGAUAA